UAUCUAAGCAAUCGAUCUUAUGUAUUUCUCUGUUUUUUUGAAUGAUGAUUGUUAUAAAUUUCUAAAGCAGCCACAAAGCAGAAAGAAGGGAUAAAAAGGAAUGAAAAUUGAAGGUUAGUUUCAAAAUCAACCACAUCCGAAGCCAUUAGAUUUCAGAUUCAGAUAAAGUGUAAUCGGGCGUGUUUGAAACUAUCGCCUUUUGAACUUGAACGAUAAUAACGACAACUAAUUGUCUGAAAGCAAUUUUAUCACAAACAAAGAUAACUUUUGUCGUUGUAGUUCUUAAUAAUCAACUGAUAAAAAGUUUUAUCUUUCUACUUAUAAGAUGCCGAAGUUUCGCUAGACUUUGUAACGGUUUGUAAGGAAAGAGAUCAAAGAAGAUGAACGUGAAAAGUGGAAGAGCAUUAGUAACAGGCGGUGCACAGGGACUAGGAAGAGCUGUUUGUGAAGCAUUGUUAAGCAGAGGAUGUAAGGUUUGUUGCGCGGAUGUGAAUUCUGCAAAAGGCCAACGCACAGUGGAGGAGUUGCAAAAGAGUUAUGGAGAAUCAAACUGUAGUUUUGUCAAAUGUGAUGUGUCCUCUUCAGAAGAAUUUGAGGAAGCUUAUUUGAAAGCCAAACAGACAUUUGGGGAUUUAAAUAUUUUAGUAAAUAAUGCAGGAGUUACUCAAGAAAAUAAGGCUGUGGAUAUUAAUUUGAAUGGCGUGAUAUAUGGUUGCAACAUUGCAUCAAAAUACAUGGGGAAGAAUAAUGGAGGAGAUGGGGGCGCUGUUGUUAAUGUUGGUUCUGUGGCAGGUCUCGAACCCUUUACACUAUCUAUCUAUUCAGCAACUAAAGCCGGUGUAGUUAUGUUUACAAGAUGUCAUGGAGUAAGUGAAGUCGUUAUAAUAUGAUAUGUUUAUUUAUUUAAAGCGGUUUAGAACAAAAUACUCAUAAUUAUCAACGUUUUCACAUUUUUUUUAUAUUGCGAAACUUUGUUGUUGUUGGUUUUAUGGCAACAAUAAAAAUGGCGCAAUACGUAUAAGAUGUGUUGAGAGGAAUGUUUCCUGGAACACUUUAUAAGGAAAACUGGCCCCUACUUAGAUGUUAUUUAUGUGAAGGAAAUCCAGAAAUCGCCCUGUCGCCAGUCUGUUGGAUUCUACUAUUCAGAUUUAUUCCACUUGAUCUCUGGUGGGCACUGUUAAAUUUUGGAGACAUCAAAAUUAUUUAAAUUUCAAUUUAGAUUUACGAUAAUUAUAAAAUACAAAAUAAUAUAUAUAUUGUAUCAUCUAUUUAAAUUGAUGCUGUAUUACUGCAUCAAAGUUUUAAGACUGGUAACGAAUGUUCCUUUUUGGAUGGGAUUAGAAUGAUCGGAUCGCAACACACGGGCGAUAAUGCCAAGAAAAAUGUUCCUAAAGGAAGAUUACCCUAGAAGAUUUUCCUACGGGAAAUUGGCUUCUCUUUAGGUUUCUUAGAUGAAAACCUGAGAAACUCCAUGCGAUCAGCCUGUAGUUCGAGAGGAAAUCUGCGAACUACCUCUGUUCAGUGGAGUUAUCCACUCGACCACUAAAGGCAUUACACUAUUU